UUGAAGUUUUCCUUGGAUUCCUUUUUCCUCCAGGUUCUGGCCACCUGCGCGGUCUUGUUGCUGUCCGCCGGCUGUGGCACGCCCAUUGGAUUCUCAGCGGUAUUGCUGCCCCAGCUGAGUGAUGGAAAUACCACAGAGAUACCAAUAGAUAUCGACACAGGCUCAUGGAUAGCGAGCGUCCAUAGUUUGGCCACGCCCUUUGGUUCGCUGCUGUUCGGGCCCCUCGCUGACUAUUUGGGACGUCGCAAGACUCUGCUGGUGUCGGUGAUUCCCAUCUUCCUAGGCUGGAGCACGCUGGCCACAGCCAAGAGCGUUAAGAUUAUGAUCUUUGCCCGCUUUCUGUGCGGCUUUGCCACUGGCAUUCUGGGCGGACCAGGACAGGUCUACAUAGCCGAGACAGCGGAACCCAAUCUGAGAAGUCGGCUUAUUGGAGCACCCUAUGUAGCGUAUUCCUGCGGCAUACUGCUCGUCUACUCGCUGGGUUCCAUUAUGUACUGGCGGAAUGUGGCCUGGUGUGCCAACGUACUGCCGUUUCUUGCUGUGGUCUCUAUCUACUGCAUACCGGAGACCCCGUCCUGGCUGCUGCGCAACGGGCACGAGAAGAAAGCCCUGCAAGCCUUCCUGAGGGGCAGCGAGAUUAGUGCCCAGAAGGAGGUGAAUGAUAUGAAGCAGCGCCUGGACAAGGAGCGGGCCACCACCAAGACCAACGAGAAUAUCUUCAGGCUGUGCUGUCAGCGAGUGGCUAUUAAACCCCUGGUCAUCGUGAUUGUCUUCUCGCUACGGCAGAUGUUCUCUGGCACUUUCAUUGUGAUAUUUUACGCCAUCGAUAUUGUGUCGGAGUUCGGGGCCGACUUUGAUUCUAAACAGGCUGCGGUCUGGACGGCUGCUGUACGGGUCGUCUGCUGCAUGAUCUUCUGUGCGAUCCUAAUCUUUGUGCGGAGGCGUGGCAUUAUGAUCCUGUUGGGCAUCGGCUCGGGCGUAUUCUGCCUGGCUUUGAGCGGAUUCACGUAUGCUCGGGUGGGUCACCCAAAGAUGUCGUACGAUGUAUUGGUGGCUGGUGGCUGCCUCCUGGGCUUUAUCGUCUUCAACACAGCGCUGAUGGUGAUGCCGGGCAUCAUGAUUGGAGAACUGUUUCCGGCCAGGAUUCGUGGUCGGACGGCGGGCGGAGUGUUUGCCUCCAUGAAUGUGGCCCUGUUCAUCUUUGCCAAGGGCUUCACUGCUCUGCAGUCGUUGUUAAAGAUGCGAGUGGCUUUCCUGGUAUUCGGAUUUUCCAGCUUCCUGUUAACCAUCUUUAUGUGCCUAUUUCAGCCCGAAACGAAGGGUCGCAGCCUAGAGCACAUCGAGGACUACUUUAAUGGCAACAACUGGCUGUGGUUCCGCCGGGACCGUGGCUACAAGACGGUCAAGCUCCUGCCCCUGCAACCACUAAAAGAAAACGCAGCGGAAAGUGCAUAGAUCACUCCUAGGGGGGCUAGCUUGUAUACAGGGCUGUUAAGAUUACAAUUAGUUUGCUUAGAUAGUAUUUUGCGUACUCUUAGUUCUAUCCUUAGUGCCUCGUAGUUAUUUAAAUCUAUCGAUUUUCCAGUGUUCCUCAGUCAUUCCAACACGGUAAUCUUCAGUCUUCACG